GGCGGAUAUCCCUUCCACCGCAUCUUCAUCUGGAAAACUCCAUAGAUCGUGGAUCUCAAGCCAAACAAAAGCCGUGCCUCUCACAACAAUGCAUGUUUCCACUGAGUUACCGUGCAAUCUUGGAUUUCAUAGUUGGGUACUGUCCCUUGCUUAGCCCGACUCCCUUGAUGCGCCUGCACGUCCAGUACAUCUUCAACGAUGGGUUGCUAAUAGACACCGCCAUUGAAUACCUCGCUGAUUGGUCAAAGACUCCCGCUUUGUUCAAUCCUGCACACAGCUGCAUUAUUCUUGUCUACGGGUCCUAUUCGUUGGGUACGAUCGACGUUGCUGCUCUUCAUAUCAAGUUGACCCGGUGCUUCCUUGAUUCAUCACAUGGUCUACUUUUCACAACCAAGGCUUAUUUCUUCCACAGUUUUGAAUUGUUUCGUGGAAGUAUUCGAAGCGGGGCUCACCGGAACCCCGAAAGCCCACUCACGACAUCGGUGUCUUUCAUCCGCAUGGCACACUUUACUCGGACAGCCGGCUUCUUCGCAGCCGCAACAAGGUUCCCCUGCUGCGCAGCAAGAACAAGUUCGACGAAUGAUACCAACACUAAGUCUCCACAAAUACCUUCAGCCGACAUACACGUCUUUAUAACUCCAAUAUUUUCCAAUUGUCCGGUCACAUUUGUUGCUCCGAUUGUGAUCUACAGGUCUCGAAGACUUGUAUCCGUCGACGAUAGUAACCGCCAGAUAUUCCCUAGGCCAAAGUUUUGACUUCUUUUCGUUCCUCAAAUGCUCCACUUCUUCCAGCCAGGUCCAUCCUUUGGACUCACGCUAAAGUUUAGGAUCGUAUGGAUCGUACCUCUUUCUAGUCGUAACCACCUCACCGACCACAAAACAGCGAUAGGCUAUUGCUUGAGCGAGGAUAUGAGCGAGUGACAGU